AUGUCUGGGGUUAGAGGAUGGAGGGAAGGCAGCAGGUACAGGAUGACUGCUGCCUCCAGUACCCCGUUUUCCUCUCAGGAUUACCUCUGGGAUGGCAACAAUAAAACAGAGGAGGCUGAAAACCCUCAGAAGCUGACAAGAUCUGAAGAGGAGCAAAGCAGCCAAGCAUCAGUCUACCAGCAACAGCAAGAGCAGUCUGUCAGCCCGUAUGUCUUGAUAACUCCAAACGAAACCAGAAGAAACCAGUUGCAGCAAAUUGCUAAGAAAGAGCUAGAUGACCUGGAGCGGUGGAAGGAAGAGCACAGGCCAGGGCCAAUUAAGUUGGUUCCACAGAGACUGGGUGGAAAGGAAUCAGAGGCUCAAGCAAGGCAAAAACAGCAAAUGGCGCUCAUGCAAUCUAAAUACCAGCAAAAGCACAAGAGAGAAGAAUAUGUAAAAGCAAAAAAGGCAGCUGAAGAAGCUGAAAUCCUGAAAAAGAAAGCAACUCAGAGAGAAAAGGCAGAGAGACUUGAAGUUAAAAAAAGGCAACAAGAAAUGCUAAGAAGAGAGAUGUUCCUUGAAGAGCAGUAUUACAAAACCAAUGAAUUACUGAACAGAUUGGACUUGGGUUUGCCAAAGAGUGAUUCCUGUCAGAUUGCUAAUCGUGGCCCAGGAUCUACAGCAUGGAUGAGAAGCCAUACUUAUAAGCAAGCUCUUCGAGAGGAUGAAAAUAGAAGAUUAGAGGAAAUGAAGCAAGAACAACGGAGGAAGGCUGAAUUAAUGGAAUUUAAACAAAAGCAGGAAGAGGAAGCCAGGACAAGAGCACAUCAAAACGAACAGUGGAG